AUGUCCGAGCUGCUGAAAGGUGUCGAACUUCUCACGCACGAUGGCAAGACGGUCAAAGCCGAAGAACAUCUAAAGGGAAAGCUAGUCGGCCUGUAUUUCUCUGCCGGAUGGUGUGGACCGUGCCGACAAUUCACGCCGAAGCUGAAGAAGUUCUACGAGCACAUCACCGGAGAGGCAAAGAAGGACUUCGAGAUCGUAUUCAUCUCGCGGGAUCGCGAAGAGGAUGAUAUGCUCGAAUACUUCAAGGAGAAGCACGGAGCCUGGACCGCGCUCGCUCUUGACGACCCACUAAGCGUCGAGCUUCAAGAGAAGUACGAAGUGAAAACGAUCCCGGCUUUCCGUGUCGUCAAAGCUGAUGGGACGGUACUGGUCAACGAUGCUCGCACAGACGUUCAGGAGAAAGGCCAAGAAGACCCCGAUGCGCUCUACGAAGAAUGGGGAGCUUUUGACAUG